CAUAUUAUUUAAUUUCAUUAUUCACAACACUAGUUUUAUUGAUUUCGAAAUCAAAAAUUUUGCUCUCAAAUUGAAAUUAAUUAAGGCAAAAAUUAUAACCCAUGACGUAUUCUUGUUUGCUUGUUUAAAUGUGAGGCGUGCUGAAAAAUUUUCAUUGGAACUCAAGACUUUGUGGUUGUUAUAGGUACAAUGAUGAGACCAAAAGGUUUUACCGGUACUGUUAGAGAUGCGCCUGAACUCAUUGACCUCGAAUCAAGUGAUGAAGAAACAGAAAACAUUAGUGUAGAAAUUGUUGACUUGGAUGAAUCAGAGGUAGUUGAAGAACAAAGAAAGGAUGAAAAUCCUCCAGGAAAUUCAUCAGAUACAAACGUUAACCUUGGUCCGGUUGAACAAAAAAUAUUGAAUUCGAAAGCUUCGUCUCCUUGCUCUAGUUCAAACGAUACCUCAAAAAGUAUUGAAAAAAAUAUUUUAAAACUUAAUGACUUAGAAGAAUUGGUUGUUGAUUACAUAGGGGAGUCAGAAGAACAAGUUAUGGGAACGAGUAGGCCUAUAUUAGAUGACUCAGACAUUAUUGUCAUUGAUUCAGUAAAGAAAAACUCUCCUACUAAACAGUUUUUAUUCAACACAAACACUAGGGAUGUUCUCAAAGACUCAAAUCGACAAGUUAAAAGAAGAAAAUUGGCUGACGAAAAUGUUAGGGACGUAGAAGUUGUAGAAAUAAUUGACGAUGAAGUCAUUGUCCUGGAUGACAGCAUAGUAUUAACAAAUUCUAAUGAAAAUCCAACCAGUGUUAAUACAUCAUCGAGCAGUGCUCCAGCCAUUCCGCCUUUUCCAGAGAGUCAACUAAACGAUCAAGAUAAUGUGGUUUCAAGUAAAAAUCUGUGUAGAAAUAGUCAAGACAAUAAAUCUCGAAUUUCAAAAAAACCAAGAAAGAGAAAAAGAAAGUCUGCGCCUCUCACAGGCAAUCAAUUAAAAGAUUGCAAUGUGGUUAACUUAAACGAAAAUCAGUGCGAAAAAAGUCUAGAAGAUAAAUCCCAAAUUGCAAGCCAACCGAAAAAAAAAUUUAAAUUGGCUUAUCACCGGCCAGCCCAUCUUGUCUCUCCUUUAACUCAACCUUCGACUUCCAUCCCCUCCGCCAAAACAGAAACAGUCACCAACAUCUACAACCCUAACGCACAAUCUGCAGAGAAACGUUCGGGACUGAGGCCGAUCGUCAUUGAUGGCAAUAACAUUGCCAUUAGUCAUGGCAAGGGGACGUUCUCACUGGAAGGAAUAAAAAUCUGUGUCAACUUCUUUGAAAAACGCGGUCAUCGGCAAAUCAAGGUGUUUCUCCCUCAGUACCGAAAACACAGAGGAAACCACGACGAGAUUCACCAGAUGGAACGCAAAGGUCUUGUUGUCACAACUCCGAGUAGAAAAGUCAACGGGAAAGUGGUUGCCUCGUACGACGACAGGUAUAUCGUCCAGUAUGCUGCUGAGUUUGGUGGUGUUAUAGUUUCUACUGACAAUUAUAGAGAUUUGCUAAACGAGAACCCCAGCUGGCGGGAAACAAUUGAGAAUCGCUUGCUGAUGUUUACGUGGGUCGACGAUCUCUUAAUGUUUCCACAAGAUCCAUUAGGCCGAAACGGACCUUCAUUAGAUGACUUCCUCAAAUUUCCUGACUCGUAAAAUAUACAAAUUUGUUAGUCUUCGGAAGAUAAUCCCAUUUUUGUUUAGGCCUACAACCAAUUGUGCCAAUUGUGUAUAGUGUAACGCUCAAAUUGUUUAUGAGUUUAUUAUAGUUGAUAUUCAACUU